AUGGCGCCUGCGAUCACAAAUCCUUACGAAGAGCGCCAGACGCUUCUUCUUGAGCGGAUAAUCAAGAACGUAGAUUUACUGAAUGAAGCUUUGCUUGAGCUGAACCGGUCGCUCUCGGAGAUCAAUACCCACAACCAGGAAAUCACAAUUGUCUCUGAGAUGUGGAAUGGUUACCAUCGCAAUGUGGACUUUAAUUUGCAGAACAUGGAUAUGGGCGUGAAUUCUGGCGCGCAUGGCGCGUAG